UUAGGCCACAUAGUCUUUCAAAAUGAACUGGGCUUUUCUUCAGGGUCUCGUCAGUGGAGUCAACAAGUACUCUACAGCUUUUGGACGCAUCUGGCUGUCAGUGGUGUUCAUCUUCCGCUUGCUGGUGCUUCUGGUGGCAGCUGAGAAGGUCUGGGGUGAUGAGCAGAAGGACUUUGACUGCAACACCAGGGAGCCAGGCUGCCACAACGUCUGCUAUGACCACUUCUUCCCAGUGUCCCACUCUCGGCUGUGGGCACUCCAGCUCAUCUUCGUCACCUGCCCAUCUCUCAUGGUAGUCCUGCAUGUGGCAUACAGGGACGACCGUGAGAGGAAACAUCAGCUGAAGUAUGGCGAGGGCUGUCCUCACCUCUACCAGGACACCAGUAAGAAACGAGGUGGACUGUGGUGGACAUACCUUUUCAGCCUUAUAUUCAAGAUGGCAGUGGAUGCUGUGUUCAUCUUCCUGGUGUUCUACAUCUAUGAGGCCAACUUCUAUCCUCUCCUGGUGAGAUGUAACGUGCCUCCAUGCCCUCAGGUGACAGACUGCUACAUCGGCCGGCCCACUGAAAAGCGCAUCUUCACCAUCUUCCUGGUAGUGGUCAGCUUGGUCUGCAUCCUGCUGACCCUAUGUGAGAUAAUGUACUUGAUUUGUAAGCGAUGCCGUGAAUGUGUCGUUGAACACAAGAUCAACAAACCAGAGUGCCAAGUUACAACUAUCUCCACUCUGGCUAGCAAACACAAUCAAGAGAACUUGCAGGAGAAGUCUCUGCUGGACCAGGGCAAUGGUCACCCUUCUGCUGAGGACUCCAGUGCUCCUGCAUACAGCUUGGCAUUUUCUUGAAUUGUAUCCAGAAGAAUCCAAAAAACUUUUCUAAGAAUAAGAGAGAUGUCCAAAGAUAAGGACUAAUAAAUAUUGUAACUGAACAUGUUCACAGACAUUUUAUAAAAAGAACAAAAAAAAAAACUGGAAAUACUACAUAUGAGAUGUUUUGUUUGUGUGUGUAUUUGUGUGAUUGACAGUGUCUGAAUAUCAUGCAGGUUUUUUUGUAAUGAAUGUCACUAUGUCUAAUAUGUAACUAAAAUAAGAAAUGGGUUAUCUCAUAA